AUGUCCGACCCGAAGAAAGACGUUGAGGCGUACAGUGCCUAUUUGCGAACGAAGAUGGGCGAGUCACUUACUGAUGCUGUAGCGCAGGUCAUUGCCAAAAGACCACGUGACCCCAUCGACUUCCUGGCAAGCGCUCUUUACAAAUCAAGGAACAUGAAGUCACCAAGUUUACAAGUUGCACUCACAAGACGUCUCCGAAUGCCAAAGUGGACUCCGGGAGAAACCGGAAGUUCAAUACCUCAACCGGGGAAACAAAGUGAACCGCGAAAUGUGUCAAAACAAGUUCAGUCUUCCAUACCACCAAGUUCUGUGCAUUCAAAAGUAGGACCCAGUGAACCUAGCGGGGCCAGUGUAGGAUAUGUUCUUGGAUCUGCGGAGGAUGGUGACGAAGACUACGAUAUGGGAUUUGGUGGUCCCACAAUAUAUGUUCAUGGGACAGUGUUGUCCACAUUCACGCUCAUUGGAGAUAUGUUUGAUGACGAUAAAAUCAGUUGA